UAGAGGAGUGUUUAUUAAGACCACCUUACAUGCAAUGGGAAAAUUGGAAGAGAUAACAAAUCAGUCAUUUAAGUAGUCUGCCUUGGAGAAGACUUGUACAGGAUUUUCCUUCAUCAUACAAUGAGCAGCGGUAGCGAAAUUACAGUAGACUAUACCCAUUUGGGUCGUUCUGGCCUCGUCGUUUCCAACUUAUGCCUAGGAACAAUGACGUUUGGUAAAAAUGAAAAGUCUUAUUCAGCAAUUUACACAAGUCCAACCCAGACGGAUGAAGAAAACUCGCAUAAAAUUUUAGACAGAUUUAUAGAACUUGGAGGAAACAUGGUUGAUACGUCAAACUUAUAUUCGCAUGGAAAAUCAGAAGAGACAAUUGGACAAUGGUUAUGCAGAAAAAAUCGUUCAGACAUUGUCCUUGCAACCAAAGUACGUGCCCCGGUUGGACCAGGACCAAAUGACAGUGGACUUAGCAGACGACACAUUGUACAAAGCUGUCAGGAAAGUUUACGACGAUUACAGACAGACUAUAUAGAUUUAUAUCAGAUGCAUGCUUGGGAUGAUUCUGUCCCUCUAGAGGAAACAUUGCGAACGUUUGACGAUCUUAUCCGAGGAGGAAAAGUACGGUAUAUUGGUGCCAGCAAUCUUAAAGGUUGGCAAUUACAGAAAAUGAUGGACAUGUCUAAAUAUAUGGGAUUACCAUCUGUCAUAACUCUACAGCAACAAUAUAACUUACUGCGAAGAGAAUCCGAAAAUGAUGAAUUCGAAGUCUGCAGCAACGAAGGAGUUGGUGUUUUACCGUUUGGCGCAUUAAAAGGUGGAUUACUAAGUGGAAAAUAUAAGAAACAGAAUGGUCAUAUUGUUGUAACAUCAGGACGUUUGUCACAUGCCAGUUCCGUAGGCUACAAAAGUACACAAUCAUGUCCAGCUCUACAGAAUUAUGAAAAUGACGAUUCUUAUUGGAAAUUAAUGGCAGCUAUGACAAAAAUGGCAGAAAGUCAUGGGAAAACUGUCAGUCAGAUAGCAUUGAGAUGGGUCCUGCAAAAGACCAUUGUGGCGUCUGUUAUAAUAGGUGCCACUAGUAUACAACAGUUAGAAGACAAUAUGGCAUCUGGCAGUGGAUGGCAAUUAUCACACGGAGAAAUGAUGGAAUUGGAUACAUUGUCACAAAGAAAUAAUCAUUUUGUGCAGAACCAAGGAGAUAUAUGGAAAUCAAAGGCAAGAAUAAUGUUCCCAAAUACUGUGUAACAUUGUUCAUAAACAUUUUAAUAGUUACAAAAUAA